AUGGGGCGAAGGAAGAACAAGGGCUCGUCCCAAAACGGUGCUCUCAGGGCUGCUGAUGGUUCUUCGGCGGCGUCGAUGCCUCAGCCAAUCGUGCCUUCCUCGACUCCCAAAGUGAGGAGGUCAUCAAGAGUCAACAAAAAUCGCGCACUCAACUCGGACGCUCAAGCUCAACAGUCCGGCGGCACCGGCAAGCUCGGGAGCCCCAGCGGAAGGAAGCGUCUGGGGACGCAAGCAGACGGCGUGUCGGCGCAAGCCACCAACCUGGUAUCUCAGCAGCCUCAGCAGGCGCCGAAGAAGCGUAAACGCGUUGCGAGCACUUCCAAAGGAACCUCCACCUCAGUUCCCGACGUUAGACGUCCGCCGCCGCCAACAUCGAGUACUUCAAACAAGGGUCUCUCCACGGGGAAGGACAAGGCUGCAACCCUGCGCUUGACUGGCGACCCGGCCAGAAUGAGUGAUUUAGAUGCCCGAAUCCAAGCCAAGAUCAAUGCACGAGCGCAGGUGGCACUGAGCCUUGCACAGAUACCCCCAGCACCUGUCACACCCAAAGAUACGGGGUUGGAAGCUAUCAUCAGGGCCAAGAUUCGAGCACGAGCGGAUUCGCUCGGAUCCUCAUCCGUCUACAGCCCCGCUGCACCUACUGCGACCUCCCCAAGCGUUCCGUCCAGUCACCAUCGGCCUCUUCGGCUUCUUGGCUCCCCUGGAAGUGGGGGUAUCAGUGGUGCUUCUCCCGGCAAUUCCGACCACCCACCAGCAGGCACGCCUCGCACGAGCGACCAGGCCCGUAGUGCGAAGCGGUCUAAGCGACAACAGGAAACGCAAACAACACCGCGACGGACUGUUUACGUCGAGAUUCCGCGACGCGCGCGCAUUUCGCGAGUGUCGACGCAGCCAAGCGCUCGCUCACCAGAUAAGGCUGAUGUGCCGCUUCCACAGGUGCCGUCAUCGCUACCUGCUGACACUGGCGGGGGGAGCGGCAGCUCGCCGACCGACACCUUAUCAUCGCGUAUCGCAGCUAAGAUCCGGGACAGGGCAGAAAAAGCGGAGGCCCGCCGAUUGUCACUGGGAACAGGUUCUCAAGUGACUACACCCCCCGCCCCUGCCAUGGACACUCUAACCGCCAAGAUUCAUGCCAAGAUUCAGGCCCGGGCAAAGGAACAGACUGAACGUCGGAUGAGCCAAGACUUUCAGACCGCUCAGACGCUGAUAACGGAAUCUGGAUCUCCAGUCGCGCGACUGUCGGAAUCUGGAACGCGCUCGACGCAUGGGGCAUCGCCGGCUUCUGGUCCGGCUCACGUCGGAGCACGGAGGGCCAAGGCCGACAAUGCCAAGACAAGCAACCCGAAGAAGCGGAAGAGCCAGAACGCAAACGACAUCAACACCCAGCAAGGCUCGGCGUGGGCCCCACCUCCUGGACCUUUGGGUUCGAAAGGCUUGGCGCCCGGGCCGCGCGGGUCGCGUGACGCAAGCCUCGUAUCACCGCACAUGGCAUCACCUGUGUCACCUGGGUCUAGGUCAGGCCCAGACGCGUUCCGUCGAUCUCUGCCUUUAUCGGACUCGGAGUCCUCGGAAUCCUCGCCGUUCUCUCCACAGCCACAGCGCACGCAAUCAUCGUUAUCGAAGCAAGCCUCACGUACAUCGUCUGCUUCGGUAAGUGACAUCCUUGCAUCGUCGCCAGGGCCGUUCGGCGGGUUGUCGUCACCGCAAUCGGAGAUGACGUUUCUGAUCCCGUCAUCACCUCCGUCACCUCCACCGAUAGCGACGGCAUCGGCGGCCGAGACGUCCACGUCCACGGCUGAGACUGCGGCAGCCGCUGCGACUUCGGCUGCGCAUGCGAAUGUGCGGUCACGGUGGAGGCAUCGCAGUCCGGAGCGCCCUGGGAGUGCUGAGCACGCUGCGAAGGAUACCGGGAAGGGGGCUGUAUCGACUCCGCAGUUGGUCCGUGCCGGUCCUCGGUGGACGGUCACGACGCCAAGACUUUAA